AUGGCCGACGCUUCAAAGGACACGGGAAUCACCUCCGUGCAGGUUGAGGCUCUGGUGGUGAUGAAGAUUGUCAGACAUGCCACCAGCACGUUUCCUUCUGUCGCGACCGGUGCCAUCGUAGGCUUGGACCAAGGCGGACUCCUCAGCAUCACCAACACGUUCCCAUUCCCUACUGCCGACGUCGCCCACGCCGACGGCGGUUCCCACCAGAAUGACGCAUCGUCGCUGGCCGCUGCUGCUCCUCGGGCCAAGUCGAACCUGGUCUAUCAGACAGAAAUGAUCCGACACCUCAAGGAAGUCAACGUGGACGCCAACGGCGUCGGCUUCUACACGAGCGCCACCAUGGGCAACUUUGUCAACCGCAACUUCAUCGAAAACCAAUUUCACUACCAGAAGGAGAACGAGAAGAACGUUGCUCUGGUCCACGAUGUCAGCCGCAGCUCACAAGGCGCCUUCAACCUGCGUGCAUUCAAGCUGUCAUCAACCUUCAUGGCCGCUCUCAAGGAGGACAAGUUCACAACCGAAAGUCUUCAAAAGUCUAAACUCAACUUCAAGGACAUUCUCGUCGAACUCCCCGUCACCGUUCACAACACACACCUGCUGGCCUCAUAUAUACACCAGCUUCCCGGUCUUCCCGCCAAGGCCGAGGCUGACCUGCCCACAUCCGUGUCCGACAUUGAGAAGGCCGAGGUCAAGCUGCCCCUUUACCCCUCGGUCGACACUCUGGAUCUCUCCAUAGACCCCUUUCUCGAGAAGUCGUGUGAUCUCUUGCUCGACAGCAUAGAGUCGCACUACACCGAACUCAACAACCACCAAUACUACCAGCGUCAACUGGCGCGCGAGCAGACCAAGAUUACCGCCUGGCAAACAAAGCGCAAGGCGGAGAACGCAGCCCGUGCUGCAGCAAAACAAGAGCCUCUCCCGGAGGAUGAGUGGCAGAGACUUUUCAAGCUGCCCCAAGAGCCCAGCAGACUCGAGGGUAUGCUGAACGCUAAGCAGGUGGAGCAAUACAGCAAGCAGAUUGAUGGAUUCACUGCCAAUGUCAGUGCCAAGAUGUUUGCAGUCCGAGGAAACCUGAUGCCCGAGUAA